GAUCUCGCUAUAUAACAGUCCACAAAUCAGCGGCGAUAGCAGCCCAUGCCUGCGGCCUAGGCUUGUCUGCAGUGCUCCACUCUCUGCCCGACUGCCUGCUAGACAAACCGCAGCGCACGCUGCUGCACGAAGCGUCCCGUCAGCUGCGAACAACUUGGAACUAGGGGAUGACAGCAGUGGAGACGGGCAGAACAAUGUGCAUCGUAUAUGGAGAUAAUGCUAUUGGACAGAGCAUAGCAAGAAAAUGGUUUUCUCGUUUUGAGGAGGAUAGUUUUGACAUUGGUGACUCUCCGCAUUCAGGAGGACCUUCGAGGUUUGACGAAGAUCGUUUAGAAGCAUUAAUCAGUGUGCUCGAGAAAUGGCAAUUGUGACGAACUGUGAUCAUUCCACCAGAGUACCGCAUGCUCUAUGCCAAAAUGGCAAAUAUUAGUGGAUGGCCAUUAUGUACACCUCUCCUUGCUCGUCAACAAUUGACUCGUGAACAACAUUGACGAUUCCUAUCCUGUAUCGGUGCUGGUGACGAGAAGUGGUGUCUUCAUGCCAGCAUAAGGGGAAAAAAGGAAAGGUUGAACCCAAACAAAGCAUCAACUCCCCGUACAAAGAUCCACAAAAGACGACCCGUGAAUCAUGCCUAUAGUUCUGUAUCACUUUGCUCCCAGCCCACCGUCCAGAGUAGUCUUGACUGUUGCUAAGGUUCUUGGGAUCGAUGUCACCCUGAAAAUCAUCGAUCUGUUCAAGAAUGAACACUUACAAGAGGAGUUUCUGAAGAUAAAUCCAGAACACAUGGUACCAGCCAUAGAUGACAAUGGUUUGAUUCUUCACGACAGCCACGUAAUCGCCACUUACCUGGUGUCACGCUACGGAAAGGAUGAAUCUCUCUAUCCGAAGGAUGUGAAGCAGAGGGCGCUGGUCGACCAGAGACUGUAUUUCGAUGCGACAGUACUUCUUCCUCGUCUAAAGGCUACAACAUAUCCGGUUUUCUUCCUGGGCAAAAAAAAUGUGGAUGCGGACGCGAGAGAUGCCAUAUACGAGGCUCUUGGAAACCUGGAGAAGUACCUGGAGCCAACUGGAUGGGUAGCUGGAGAUCAUGCGACCUUGGCCGACAUAUUCUGCUCGGUUACAGUUGCCAGUCUGGAGGCGAUAGGAGUGGACAUGAGUGCUUAUCCGAAGAUUCGUGACUGGGUGAAACGCUGCAGAAGCACAUUCCGUGGCUACGAGGAAGCAAACGCGGAGGGCGAAAAACUGCUAGGAGACGGCAUCAAGAGCGUCGUGGGACCCAAGGCAUACUUGAGAUAGGUGUAACAGAUUGUAACACAUCUGACGUUUAAUAAAAGGAACUUCCUGAAUUGCUAUGGCAGUGUUUUCAGUGCUUUAUUCUUGCAGAAAAAUUUAGUUAAAAAAUCUUUAGACUGUGCUGACAGCAGCGUUGUCCCUGUUUUAAAUGAAUGAAAAUGUCUACAGUGACCCAAAGAUGUAAGUGAGAUUUGGUAAUAAAGGAAAACAAUUCUUGUUUGUGUCCGUGGUCA